GGACCAACUUGUCUUCACCAUGUCUUCCCACAAGACUUUCAGAAUCAAGUGCUUCCUGGCUAAGAAGCAAAAGCAGAACCGUCCUAUUCCUCAGUGGAUUCGGAUGAAAACUGGUAAUAAGAUCAGGUACAACUCCAAGAGGAAACACUGGAGAAGAACAAAGCUGGGUCUAUAAGGAUUCCUCUCUAAGAUGCGCACAUGUUUAUGCUGGGCUAGACUGCUAGGAUUUUGAGCGGAGCACUGUUGUCUUGCACACUUGAUU